UGAUUCAACAAUCGAAAUGAGAUCCUCUUCAGCGCGAAAUCUGGUGGUGCCAGUAAUCAUCAUCCUUACCAUCCACCCAUUCGAAGCGCAGGCCGAAAGAAAGCUAAGGCUCCACAAUCUAGUGAAAGUCGAGGAAGACACUGAAGUUGUCGAAACUAAUUUAAGCAUCAUCGAGGUCGAUGGAAAUGUGUUUAAAAUCAACGGAGAGCUAAAGAUUAAUUCUGAAGUGGAUGACAAUUUUGAGAUGGGUGUUGAAGUUCAACGAUCCGAGAAACAUGAUUGGGACUAUGAAUCGGUAUUUUACGUAGACAAAAUUGGGGUGUGCAGCUUUUUGAAUACCUACUACAAGGAGUUCUUCUACGAAAGGCUCGAGGAGUACUCGAAUGCUCCGGUCCCAAGCACCUGCCCUCUGCCAGAAGGAGCUCAUUACCACUUAAAGGACUAUCCGCUGGACGUCACUCUGCUGAAGACUCUAUUGAAGCCUGGGCACUACCGUAUAGAGUUUACAUCUAUGUUGAAUAAUGAUUUCAAUCCAUUGAUUUACUUGGUAGAGUUGGAGGUGUACGAUUAA